AUGGAGACACCACUUUACAGCACGUGCGACUGUCGCGACAGCGCACUCUCUUCUACCGCCAACGUCCUUUCCAUCUUAACAUUCGCGUACAUUCUGAUAGCUGGCACUCUCUACCAGGUGGCUGCGCUCUAUCGAGUGAAAAGUGAUAGCGACUGGGCUGCAGUGCAGGCGCAAGCGACACGACUACGAGACUUUGCAUGGUCGAUAGAACGCAGAGACGCUAUCAGCACUGAGUUCUUCAAACGGCUCGACGAUCUCGAUAAGGAGAUAGCAAGGAAGCUUCCUGGCAAUGUCGCAACAGGGAAAUGGCAUCUGGUAUGGCGGCAGGCAAGGAGCACCUGGGACAGAGCUGAGAUAGAAGAGAAGCUAUACAGUCUGGCGCAGAUGCGUCCACGCAUCAGUCUACUAUUUCUCGAGAGUGGAUUGAAUGACGUUGAGCAAGACAAUAAGCCGACGGACCAAGUGCUAGACAAAGCUCGCACCCAGCUCGAAGAGUCGAAACGCCUGUUCCUCACUCAACUCAGGAGCGAGCCCAAGGAGCGGCGAAGACGAACGCUAGAUGCGAUAAAGAGCGAAUCCGGGGAACGAGGGCGCGCAGCUUGGGAGGAGAUUGAGGAUGUGAUCAAGAGGCUUGAUGCAGAGGAUGUGGAGCGGCGUGGAACCCGGGGGUUUGUCGAAGGCGUUUGA